GUGUUCAGGCUCAACAACAACACCGGGGUGAUCUCUACAGUCAAGCUGCUGGACCAUGAGACCAACGCCAGCUACAGCCUCAGAGUAGAGGCUGACUCCAUGGGGGUGGUCGAGUCCAAUCUCCGAGCGCCCUCCAAGAGUAAGCCUGCCUGCCAUUCAAACUGUCACUUAGAAAAUGGCAACCUGUUUUCUUAUAUAGUGCAUUACUUUUGACCAGGGCUAAAAGCCUUCUGUAGCUUCUGAGAUAAUGGCCUCAGAGAGACUUAAAAACGGAAGGCAAUGGUUGGCCCAAAAGCCUUUUACAACCUUAUUUUAGACGGAGUAAUUGAAAUUCACAUUCUUAUUUCUGCCGUCUCUCUGUUUGUCUCUCUUGUAACAGAAAUGUGGCAUUUGCCUGUAAAUUAUUUCCCAUCUUUGCUUUUUCCAAAAUACUUAAAAGCACGCCUCAUCCUUUCACGAUAUUUUGCUUUCUGAGUAGUCAAAUUCAUGCUGAGUUGCGGAGGAGGAGGAGGAGUAGGAGGAGGAGACAUUUUGAUUUAGCAGUUACUGGUAAAUGUGGCAGAUAAAAAAUAAAAAAAUGUAUCCUUUCUUGACAAUCUCAUCAUGUCUCCUCAAUAUGCAGAAACAAUCACUCAAAUCAAUUUGAUUACAAUAACACUGUCAUCCUCUUAUGUCUAAAUGCCAACUUAGUCGAUUCUAGAAUAAAAGAGGCUUGUAGAGAUUUGAUUAGGCCAGUGAUCACUGUUGUAUGUUAUGCCCAGAUUACAAUUAGAAUUACAUUCAGCAUUUCUUUCUCUACUCAAACUCAAUUGACUACUAUACCCAGGCCACUCACUGUGUGUUAUUCAAGCUGGGGGGGGGGGGGGGGGGGAGCAGGCCUGGUAGCUAUAUUUGAGAUGUGGUGGAAGUUUCAUCAUGGGGGGGGCUAUUGAUGUUGUUUGAUUCAUUCCGCUGGAGGGAGGUAGCGUGUUAAAUGGCUGCUCUCGAGCAGAGAGUGGAUGGGUACUCCCCACUGCGUUUGGCUAUGUAGGUGACCAUCAUCACUGUAUUAUGAAGACACUUGGUUGAAUUGAUUCGAGCCACAUCACUGAUUAUGCAGGGGUGUGUGUGUGUGUGUGUGUGUGUGUGUGUGUGUGCACAGUGAUGUGGCUCGAAUCAAUUCAACCAAGUGUCUUCAUAAUACAGUGAUGAGCAUGUGUGUGUGUGUGAGAGCGUGCAAGCAUGCAAAAAGUGUAAAAAAAAAGUAGGCCAUUACCACUUUAAGAAUAAUACAAUAUUUAGACUCUGCCAUUGCAUUGAUAAUCAAAUUAUUAUUACAUUCUAAAAUAUGUGAUUUUUGUGUCCAUGAAAACUGUUUCACCCCAUAACAUAAGGAUGCACGAAAUGUUAAGUAGUUACACUGCAUUUCUGAGAUCUCUACACAAAAAACUGUCCGACAGCUAGAUUCAGGAUUCUUACAGGGUUCAAAUUCAAUGUCUAAUUUAACUGAUUAAUGCUUAAUAUAUGACAUAACAACAACUUACACUGCCAUAAAUGCAAGGAGAAAAAGGAAAUGUUUUAUUUCACACUAUUUUGGACAAAUCCAUCAACACUCCAACCAUGAGAACAUUGGAUGCUGCUGAGGGGAGGACAGCUCAUAAUAAUGGCUGGAACGGAGCUAUUGGGAUGGCAUCUAACACCUGGAAACCAUGUGUUUGAGGUAUUUGACACCAUUCCACUGAUUCUGGUCCAGUCAUUACCACAAGCCCGUCCUCCCCAAUUAAGGUGCCACCAGCCUCCUGUGCAUGAGAAAGGGUUAAACAAAGGGUUUUAAAUCAAGUCGUGAAUUGUAUUGAAUAUAGCUAUGUUCCCCUGGUAGUCUGUCCUCCUGGUCUGUCCCCCUGGUCUAUCUUCCUGGUCUUUCCCCCUGGUCUGUCCUCCUAGUCUGUCCCCUUGGUCUGUCCUCCUAGUCUGUCCCCUUGGUCUGUCCUCCUAGUCUGUCCCCCUGGUCUGUCCUCCUAGUCUGUCCUCUUGGUCUGUCCUCCUAGUCUGUCCCCCUGGUCUGUCCCCCUGGUCUGUCCUCCUGGUCUGUCCCCCUGGUCUGUCCCCCUAGUCUGUCCUCUUGGUCUGUCCUCCUAGUCUGUCCCCCUGGUCUGUCCCCCUGGUCUGUCCUCCUGGUCUGUCCCUCUGGUCUGUCCCCCUGGUCUGUCCUCCUAGUCUGUCCUCCUGGUCUGUCCCCCUGGUCUAUCUUCCUGGUCUUUCCCCCUGAUCUGUCCCCCUGUUCUGUCCUCCUGGUCUGUCCUCCUGGUCUGUCCCCCUGGUCUGUCCCCCUAGUCUGUCCUCCUAGUCUGUCCUCCUGGUCUGUCCCCCUGGUCUGUCUUCCUAGUCUGUCCUCCUGGUCUGUCCCCCUGGUCUAUCUUCCUGGUCUUUCCCCCUGAUCUGUCCCCCUGUUCUGUCCUCCUGGUCUGUCCUCCUGGUCUGUCCCCCUAGUCUGUCCCCCUAGUCUGUCCUCCUAGUCUGUCCUCCUGGUCUGUCCCCCUGGUCUGUCUUCCUGGUCUUUCCCCCUGGUCUGUCCCCCUGUUCUGUCCCCCUGGUCUGUCUGUCCUGGUCUGUCUAUCCUGGUCUGUCCCCCUGGUCUGUCCCCCUGGUCUGUCCCCUUGGUCUGUCUUCCUGGUCUGUCCCCUUGGUCUGUCUUCCUGGUCUGUCCCCUUGGUCUGUCUUCUUGGUCUGUCCCCAGGUCUGUCCCCCUGGUCAGCCCCAGAGCAUUUUGUCAGAUGAUGUAUGGCAUUUUAUUUGGCGGGUCCCUCUGCGUAUUUGUAGCCCUUCAGGAUGUGGCCUGGCAUUUUACUAUGAUCAAUGACAAACCGCAAUGCAGUGUUGUACUAUUUUAGUCAAACGUCUAAAUCAGUGUAUUGGCAGUGUAUUGUAGACUUUGUAUUUUGUAUAUGAUGCACAUUUGGCUAUUUAGAGCUCUAGUUUUCUAUUUAAUCCAAAUGAGAUUCAAAUUUGUCUUUGGGGUCAUCUUUACAUAUUUUGUUCUUGCUCCUCUGUUUGCAGCCAACACAGCGAGGGUGUUCAUUGAUGUUCUGGAUGAGAAUGAUCACCCUCCUGUCUUUACCAAACCCUUGUACCUGGGAGGAGUGGCCGAGGACGCCAAGACAUUCACUUCUGUACUACAAGUCCAGGUACACCCAGCUCCUUUCAAACACAAAGUGGACCACUUC